AUGACGGAGUUUCCUUCUACGACGGAGAUAACAGUUGCUUCUUCGCUCCUCCUUCUUUCAUACGCACCGGUGUUUAUCUCACCUACAAGGUCGCAUCUAACAACCAAUUCGUUUCAAAAUUUCCAAGCUAAUUACGAGAAAUCGAGAUCUAGAUCUGUGAAAAUAUCAAUCGUUGUUGUUUGUGAUUAUAGGUCGAGAUCUGUGGAGGAAUCGAGCUGGUGUGAGGAAGGAAGCUUGAUUUUGGGAUCUAACGGAUCGGGAUCGUGCGGCUCUGCUCUAUCAAGCGAUCGUAACAACCUCGGAUUCGAAUUCAGUUACGCUGGAGAUCGAUUUAGUCUCACGAAUCUCAAGAUAGCAAGAAAACGUCGUUCUCAGGUGAUUUGGGGAUCUGUGUGUGAUCUGUCAACAUUCUCUGUUGAUUCGAAAGAAGAGUCGUCAUGUUUGUCAACUGGUUCCAGUGAGGUUUCCACGUUUGCAAGCAGAAUGAAUCUGAGAAAGCAGAGAAGUUACGAGAAGGUAAGAGUGGAAGUGAAAAAGAAGAAGGAGAAUAAGAAUGAGAGUAGCAGGUCAAGUUCUAUACGACGUAGAGCAAAAGAAAUCUUGGAGUUUCUUUCCACGGGUUCUUCUUCUUCUGAACUUCAGAUACGUCAGGUUCUUGGCAACACACCAGAUACCAGCAAAGCUCUCAGAAUGUUGUUGCAGAUGGAGGAAGUGAAGAGGUAUGGCACAGGAGGAAGACAUGAUCCCUAUAUUUACAAGAUUGCAUGA